ACGAGGAAAGGUAUUCUAUUUCGUUGGCGGGUCUUUGACCAUUUAAUCUCUGUUGUAUACCAUCACGCAUGGUCAGAAGAACGAGCACACCUCCAAAUGAUAUUUUCUCCAAUGUUACGGCUCUAAACGAAUGCGAUGAGGAAUAUACUGAGCUGGUGACUAAGUAUCAAGGUAAUGUACUAAGUUAUCCCUACGAUUGGAACAGAACGACACACGUUAUUACUGAAAACUAUGAUUCUUUUGCAGCGCAGGAGGGGUUGAGGCGAAAGCUGCAUGUUGUCAAGCCAAGUUGGAUUGUAGACAGCAUUAAACACGGCAACAUCCAGAAUUAUCGAUAUUACUCGUGCAAUCCUAGACAUCUGUUCCAGGGUGUCGUAGCUACUGCCUGCGAGUUAGACCCAUAUCACAGCUAUGUGAUUGAUGAGGCGCUCGAAGCUUUGGGUGGUCAUUACUCCCCUUCAUUAAUUCAAUUUAUGACACAUGUAUUCACAAAAGAUGGCUUCGGACCAAAGUGUCAGAGAGUGAAAACAAGAGCUGCGGAGCAAAUCAAAUUGAUACACCCACAAUGGUUGUUCGACUGUCUUCGCCUUGGGGUAAGACUGGAUGACGGCCCAUAUCUGUUUCCCAAUCCUUCAUUCUCCACUUUGCCAGUACCAAACGUGGAACCAAUAAGCUCUCACGUAUUGGAACACAAACAGCUUUAUAUAUCUAAGGAUUUAUCGCUUUCUUCGAAUGCACACAUUUCCUUAUCCUCAUUUUUAAAUCGAAUGGGAUGCGAAAUAAAAGACACAGUUUAUGAUUGUGAUACUUUUAUAGGUUUCCGUAGGGAAACAACCGAGUACAGAGCUGCAGUUAAAAGUAACUGUGUCAUAGGCACCUUAUCCUGGGUUUUUAGUAUGUUUUCUUCUGAUGCAUGGAUUAAUCCGACACAAAAUGCACUGCACUAUCCCCUACCAGCUACGAAAUUUUUAAAGGGCUAUUCUAUUUCAUUAACAAACUAUACCGGUGAAGCAAGGGUACAAUUAGAAAAAUUGAUAGUUGCUUCUGGAGCCGCAUACUCCAAAAACCUGAAGCCUAACAGCUCUUUAUUGAUAGCCGCUUCUGCGUGCGGACAAAAGUAUCAAGCCUCCAGGGUUUGGGGUAUUCCUUCUGUUUCUCAUCAUUGGCUCUAUUCGUCAUUCCAACUGGAAUCCGCACAAGGCUAUGAUAUUUACCAAGUCAGCACUACAAAUCAGUGUCAGGAUGCUAUUGAACCUUGCUCUGUCAAAACUCCUGAGCCGGGUCUACAAAGUUCUGGGGUACAAACAGAUGAUGUACUUGUUGAAUGGCAUGCCUCAAAUCCUUCAAUGGACAGGCUCACUUCUGAUAAACCAAAUAUGUAUCCCUCUCCCGAACAGGAAAUUGAACAUACUACGAUUUCCCAAGAGUUACGACACAGCAAUGAAUACCAUUCAGUUCAUACGGUAACAUCCACAAAGGAAAAAAUCCAGUCUUCUGAAACAAUACCAGAAACCGAACAAAACGAAAUAAAUAUUGGUCAAAAUAUUAAUUCAGAUAAUGAUAUGAGACCUUUACCAACAAGUGUCAAUGAACCGCUCAAAAAGCCGGAACUUUCUACUAAGACGAGAAAGUCCGCUAUAAUGAAUUCUGUGGAAGUUGUGUUGCCUCAACGAACGGACGAGCCACUAAGAGUUAUCGCCGAUUCUAAGUCAGACGAAGAGAAUACACCUUAUUUACAUAAAAGGAAGGCCGCAGAAUCGGCAAAAGAAAUAUUGGCCAACGUUGUUAUGCCAGAUGUUCUGGCUUUUGAAAAAGAAAAAAGGUCGCGGCAUUCAGUGCAACAGCAUUCAUCCACUACACAGCUUCGAAAAAAGUAUCGUGUAAUGUUUACGGGCUCUUCUCCUCGUACUCCAUCUAACGAACUAAAACUUGUUGAUAUUCAAGUGACAGAGAAUCCUGCUAAAUGUACUCAUUUGGUUACUGAUAAAAUAGUUCGAACGGAAAAGUUUCUCUGCAGUCUUCCAUACGCACCUUUUGUAGUAACUAGCGCAUGGGUCGUUCAAAGUAUACUUCGUCACUCCGUGCAAGAUGAAAAGCCUUAUUUUCUUAAAGAUGAGUUAAAGGAAAAGGAAUACGGCUUUUCUUUACAAGAUUCGUUGGAGCGAGCACGAACGUAUGGCCCAAUCUUAUUCAAAAAUUUUGAUGUUUACGUUUCACCAAAAGCAGUUCCAGCUGGUAAUUUUUCUGCCAUAAGACAAAUUGCUCAUUGUAAUGGUGCAGCUUCGUGCUCUUUGCUCUCGUCUUACACAAAACGGUUUUCAAGUCGAGUCAAACAGGGUUUCGUACUUCUAAUUUCAACUGCAGGGGAGGCUAAUAUAUGGGAGCCGUUUUUAACAAGCAUUUUAUUUGAGGAUGCUAAUGAAUGCUAUUUACGGGAUUAUGACUGGCUUAUUUCCUGUGUAUUAAAACAAAAAUUAGAUCUUGAUGACAAAGUUUCACCAACGUUUCUCAAAGCCUCCGAAAGUUCUAACAAUCUCACAAAAUCUGCAUUACAAAAGAGUUAAAAUCUUUCGUUCAUUGCAUGGUAUGCCUGAAAUAAAUAUGCCAAAAAAGCACGAGGUUUUUGAACAAUCAAAAAGCUAGAAAUACACUAAAGAACUUAACAAGUAUUUCAAGAAUGCUGGUUAAGCAAACUAUAACAAUUCUGUAGUAUCUCUUCUAUUUUUUAUUUUUUUUUUUAUUAUUUUAUUUCCUCGUAGUAACUAUUCCACAAUGUAAUUCUUAAAGCAUAAUACAUACAUAACGUA